AUGAAACUAGCAUCCUCGAUGCAGAAGACCAGCGCCCUUGAGAAGCAUUUCCACACCAAGCAUCCGCUUCGAAUGUUUUAUCGUGAUGUUCUGGAUGAGGUGGAAGGCUGCAAGGGCUACUUUGACUUGUCCGCCGUUUGGGCUCGCCUCGCCCCGUCCGGGAACGUCUACCGCCUCUGUGCUCUCCAGGAGGUGCGCCUGGGUCACUGCGCAGACCUGCAAUCCCAGCUCAGGGAGCUGGCAGAGGAGUUCGAGGAGAUGUUGGGCGGCACGUCGGAAGAACGCUACAACUUGCUGAUCGCAUCGUUAAAGGAAGCGAAGGUGGACUUGGACGAGGCCUAUGAGCAAGCUGAGAAGGGCUGGGAGCUCGACAGCUUUAAGACCACCGGGUAUCCUCCGCUUGAGGAAUUUCUUGUCGGUAAUGUCAGUCGCGGACUUCUCGUCGUCCCCGCGGAGCCAAGUGCAUGGAAGGACUGGUGCACCUCAAAGCUUGUUGGCUGCAUGGUUGCCGUGGUUCAGAUCCUUGGCCCUGUCAUGGUGGUGUUGAGCUUGUGGCAGGACCCGACCAACUAUCUGCAGCAUCCCCUUGAAACGGCGCAGCGCAUCUCUGUAAAGAACGUCUUCUGUGUCGAGAGGGACAUGGGUGAGUGGUGUACCAUUCUCAUGGGCGUGGUCUUCUCCUUCUUCGUGGUGGUUCAGUUGUUGAACUAUGCACACGAAGAGUUGGAGGAUGCAUACAAGUUCGGCCGUCUUGCUGGUUGCGCUUCCUUCUGGGCUUUCGCAGGUGGCUAUAUCAAUGCCUGGUGCGUGAUGUGGAAUAUCUUGGUGAUACCGGUGUCCUUCUGGAAGCUGACACACGCUUCUCAAGUGGUCCUGAACGCGAUGACAAUACUGUUCAUGUUUAACUUGGAUGAUCUCGCUGGCACAGCCGGGUCUGUGCUCGGUACCAGUGACACCCUUUUCCAACGGGGCCUGUGUUGGAACUAC